CUCCCGUUUGUUGCGUUUUCUCUGUCUCUGUCGUGCCCAUUGGUUUUGGUGAAACCGAGGAAAAUAUAGAACAUAACCAAACCAAACCAAUUUUCCUUAAUUUUUGCUCUUCUUUCUAUCUACCCAGCAACCCAUUUCAAUAGAGGUGAAAAAAAAAAAAAAAAAAAAAAAAAAAAAAAAAACCAACUUUUAUUAGGAUUUCAUGGAGUUCUUAGAGUCAGUAGAUCCGCAGAUUCUUGUGGGUGCUGCUGUAGCUAUUGUUGCUAUUGGUGUUGGCGCUGCAUUUCUCUUUUCAUCAAGGAAGGCUAAAGGAUGCUUGGACCCUGAAAAUUUCAAGGAGUUUAAACUCGUUAAGCGCACUCAACUCAGCCAUAAUGUGGCCAAGUUCACAUUUGAACUCCCUACACCAACUUCAAUUUUGGGACUUCCAAUUGGGCAACACAUAAGCUGCAGGGGCAAGGAUAGCCAAGGUGAAGAAGUUAUCAAGCCUUACACUCCUACUACUUUGGAUUCGGAUGUUGGACACUUUGAACUAGUUAUAAAGAUGUAUCCUCAAGGAAGGAUGUCACAUCAUUUUCGUGAGAUGCGUGUUGGUGACUAUCUUGCUGUAAAGGGACCCAAGGGCCGUUUCAGAUAUACACCUGGUCAAGUCAGAGCAUUCGGGAUGCUUGCUGGAGGCUCUGGCAUUACUCCAAUGUAUCAAGUUGCUAGAGCAAUUUUAGAAAAUCCUAAGGACCAAACAAAGGUGCAUCUUAUUUAUGCCAAUGUUACGUAUGAGGAUAUACUUUUGAAGGAAGAGUUGGAUGGUCUAGCUACUAACUACCCUGAUCAAUUUAAAGUGUACUUUGUCUUGAAUCAGCCUCCAGAAGGAUGGAAUGGUGGUGUUGGCUUUGUAUCAAAGGAAAUUAUUCAAACCCAUUGUCCUGCACCAGCACCCGAUGUUCAGGUUUUGAGGUGUGGUCCGCCGCCAAUGAACAAGGCUAUGGCCGGUCACCUCAAUGACAUUGGUUAUGCUCCUGAGAUGCAGUUCCAGUUCUGAUCCUCUCGUCUACGCAUACUUUCAGCACUUGACCAAGCUUUCUCUUUUCUCAUUCCGAGCAAAGAACAAGUUGUCGUCUUUGUUAAUUUCGUCUCAUAUUGAGCGCCAUUAGACAUUGGAGCCUACUUGAAUAAUAAUUGUUGUACGAUAAUUUUACAUGUAGUGCUACAUCUUUGGUUGGACAUCACCUUGAACUUCUAUUUUCCUUAAAUCUUGUGUAGCGAGGUGGGAAAAGAAUUUUUCUUUUUUUCUUAGGCUGGCUUUGCAUUUUCCUAUUUUUUUGACUUCAAAUGUGAGGAAGUAAAGCAAGCUAAUACAGUUGAUAGAAAAAGAGUAAUAGAUGCUUUCUGACUAGGAGAUGCUUAAAAAUAUAAAAGUGCUUUUAGAGGAACCGUCGAUAUUAAACAUCACAAGUAAUAAUAGAAGGAAUGUUUCGUUUGCA